AUGAGAGCUGGAGGCUGCAUGGUGGAGCAAGCCCUCACGCCUGAGGCUGCAAACGUGGUGAAACAAGCCGUGGUCUUGGCUAAAAGGAGAGGACAUGCUCAGGUCACACCUCUCCAUGUGGCUAGCACCAUGCUCUCUGCUCCCACUGGUUUACUUAGAACAGCUUGUCUCCAAUCUCACACGCACCCUCUUCAAUGCAGAUCCCUAGAGCUCUGCUUCAACGUGGCUCUAAACCGCCUCCCAACCUCCACAGGGACUAGUAACGAGGAUGUCAUGAACGUUAUAGACAGCCUAGCCGACAAAAAGAGAAGAAACUUCGUUAUCGUGGGAGAGUGUUUAGCCACUGUUGAUAAAGUUGUGAGAGCCGUAAUGGAGAAAGUUGACAAGAAAGACGUGCCUGAAGCUUUAAAAGACGUGAAGUUUAUAACAUUUUUGAUUUCAUCGUUAGGACAGUUAAGUAGAUUCGAGGUGGACCGUAAGCUAGAGGAGUUGAAGACACUCGUGAAGAGUUGUGUCGGAAAAGGAGUGAUUCUAAAUCUUGGAGACCUGAACUGGUUUCUAGAGUCUAGAACAAGUAAUAGCAACAACUACUGUGUUGUGGAGCAUGUGAUUAGGGAGAUUGGGAAGCUAGCUUGUGGAUUGGUUAUGGGACAUCAUGGAAGGUUUUGGUUAAUGUGUCUUGCGACUUCAGAGACUUACGUUAGAUGCAAGUCUGGUGAACCCUCUCUUGAGUCCCUCUGGUGUCUCACAACUCUCAAUAUUCCGACAAUCCGUUUGAGUCUUGUCGCCGAGAGCGAGCUUGACGUCAAGGAAUCAGAGAAUUUACCUCUACAACUGCAUGGAUUAGAGAAGAAGCUCAAUAUAUGUGAGAAAUGUUCUGUCAAGUUUGAAGCUGAAGCUCGGUUCUUGCAAUGCAGCAAUAGCAAUGUAACCUCUCCAGGUUUACCGGCGUGGCUUCAACAAUACAAGGAGAAUCAAAAUAGUCACAAUGACUCAGAUUCUAUAAAAGAACUUGUGGUUAAGUGGAGCACAAUUUGUGAUUCAAUGCACAAGGGACCAUUUCUAGAAACACUCACACUCUCUUCCCCUUCAAGUGCUCUCCACCAUCUUAAAACACUAUGUGAUGCCUUGCAUAGCAAGGUCCCAAGGCAGAAGGAUAUAAUCUCAGAGAUAGCAAAAACAGUCUUAAAAUGCAGGUCAGGAUCAAGUAGGAGAAAGAUCAACGGAAAAGAUGAUACAAGGGAAGAUACAUGGAUGGUCUUUGAAGGUCUUGAUGUGGAAGCUAAAGAGAAGAUCGCUAAAGAGUUAGCUAAACUCGUGUUCGGAUCUCAAGACAGCUUUGUCUCAAUCUGUUUGAGCAGUUUCUCAUCGAAAGGUGUAAGGAACAAGAGGUCUAGAGAUGAAAAUAACUGGAGGUACAUUGAGACAUUCUCUGAAGCUGUUUCGUUUGAUCCAAAGAGAGUGUUCUUGGUGGAAGAUAUAGAGCAUUCUGAUUAUUUGUCUCAAAUGGGUUUCAAGAGAGCCAUUGAGAGAGGAAGAGUUUGUAACUCGAGAGGUGAAGAAGCAUCUCUUAGAGAUGCGAUUGUGAUCUUGAGCUGUGAAAGAUUCAGCUCAAGAUCAAGAGCUUGUUCUCCUCCAGUUAAUCAGAAAUCGGAGGGUUCAGAUCGAACUGAGGACAAGAACGUUGCUACUUGCGUGGCACUCGACCUUAACGUAUCUCUUGACGAUGAUUUUUGUGAUGAGAUUGGCUUGCUCGAAGCUGUGGAUGCACGGUUUCACUUUGAGUGUUUAUCAACAUGA